UUCACCUCGCAGGUGCGAGCCCGAGGAGCAGGUAAGAGUCGCACGGAGGCGGCGGUAGUGGUGGUGGUGGCUCUGGCGUUGGUGUUUGACACAGAGAGGACGAAGAGCGGCGGCACACGAUGUCGGAGAGCAGCGGCACUCGCGUGUGCUUCGAGGCGGGCGCUGAAGAGGAAGGCGAGUGCGAGGGCGAGGAGGAGGAGGAUGCCGGGGCAGGCGCGCCGGGCCGCAGGCAGGGCAAGGUGACGGUGAAGUACAACCGGCGUGAGCUGCAGCGCCGCCUCGACCUGGAGGGCUGGGUGGACGAGAGGCUCACGCAGCUCUACGCCUGCCCCGAGGAAGAGAUGCCAGAGCUGGAAAUUGACAUCGACCAUCUCCUGGAGCUCAACACGGAUGAGGAGAGGGCGGAGCAGCUACGGGAAAUCUUACAGGCAUGCGCCAACAGCCCAGAGGGGUUCAUCGCGGAUCUGCUGUCGAGCCUCAAAGGGAUGAAGAAACUCAACAACGGCAGUCGGAAGUGAUGGCUCCCUGGGCUUCUACGGUCAAGCAGCUCACCCCCAGACUACAAGAAGCCUUUCGUUAAUGCGAAUGACGAACUCGUUGGGCGAAUGGGCUUUUACAAGUAACCGGAGUUGUCGCUUUAGUGGCUGGAAACUAUGCAAACCCCGCAAGUCUGGCAUGCGAGAGGUGCCUUUUUGUUACCUGGGCUUGUGCUUCGUGUGCGUUGUGAGCCUUGGGUUUCGCACGCCGGCUAAGGGAGAGCAUGCUGGGUGCCGUGUGGAUGCGUUCCAAAGCGGUGGGUUAUUCUUGAACAUCGGUCUUUGGGGCUCCGGAAUAUUAAUGCUGUAGUUACACUUUUGCAUUUUGCAACGGUGGUUUUAACGUUUUGGUUCGGUCACAGCACGGAAUAGACAAUUGUGUAGCACGUGGUGCUGAGCCGUCUCGAGCACAACGUAUACAUUUGUAACUGGUUAACGUUAAUGAAUAAUAAAUCCGUUUUAACGACACUCGGACAACGGUAAUGGUACGCAAGUUACUUAAUCGUGUUACAAAAUGUAUAGCUUUAAAUGAGACCGAAAUCUUUUACGUUUAGCAGCAGGUAGCAAUGUGUGCGAUGGCUUUUCGUGUUAAAUGCAUGUCGGUGUUGACUUGUGUCGAUUGGUCUAUUUAUAACGUAACGAUGUGCGCAUGACCCCGAGACCAGAUGUGUGGUUCCACGGUGGGGAUCUGCCUCACCACGUGGCAACGAUCACGUGGUGCACCCUCGCGAGGUUGUACAGUAAAACCUUGGAUUGCGAGUAACUUGGUCUGCGAGUGUUUUGCAAGACGAGUAAUUUUUAAAAAGAAAUAUUAAUUUGAUAAACGAGCGAGGUCUUGCAAUACGAGUAGUACGUAUAUACGCUUUGUCUGCCGAGCGUCACGUGAUCACAACUGAUAUACGAGUGCUUUGGAUUACAAACACGUUUCCGGAACGAAUUAUGCUCGCAGUCCAAGGUUUUGCUGUACUCCUUACCUCCACUAGAGUAGUGGUGAUGAUGGCGAUGAUUGGAAGCUCUGCUGCUUUUUUCAAUUGAGCUUUGCCCCCAGCGAGUGGGAACAAAUAUGACCCAAUCAACUUAUAAGCUUCUCAUAUCUUGGGAGCUGAAUAGAGUUGAGCCUGGUUAAUAUUUGACAUGGAUGGAAUACACCAGGGUUUUCCAGGUGUUGUUGGCUUGGGGCUGUGAGAUCGUAAGGAGUUGGCAGUGUUUUAUCUCCUUGUAUAACAUUCCCUGUUGAUUUUCUGGUGUUUUUUUUUCCCUACAUGCCACUCAAUCAGUUAUGGAACUGGCCAAACAUCCCAAUGGAGGACCCUCCUGUAAAAUGUUCAUAGUCGUUAAGAUCUUCUUGGGUAAAAUAUUGGCAUGAGUACAUUUAAAAAUAUCAUCUGUUUUGUCAUUCCCAGCCACUAAAGCUGGUGGCUGCCUGUAAUGUGAUGCAGAGGCCUGCACUGACGUUUAUUCAUUGUGCAUGUUGGAUAUAUAUGUCAUGGAAAGGCCCACACAUUUUAAAGAGGUGCAACGAUUAAGCACGACAAAGUCCUGCGGACACUAAUCACAAGGCAUUAAGUCUGCAUUAACCACGCGUGCAUGUGGUAAAAAAACGCAAACAAAUAUGCGUUGAUAAUGUAUGCACUCUCCCUGCAACUGGUUGGGUCUGCACCGGAGGCAGACUGUUUUAUGACGAAAGGCCGCCCAAAGGCGAGCAGUUACAAGGAGUAAGCAAACACCAAAGCAUUCAUAGCUGGGUUUAAGCAGUUAUAGCUAUAGGGACCCCCAUUCACCAGUAUAAAUACUCCUGUACAGCAGCAAGGGUAAAUCGAUAUUUUAUGAUUUGAUGUCUUGAUACUAUUAACUACUUUUAUUCUACCAGCAAAGGCCCACUGAGCUAUAUAGCUAUUUUUCAGAAGCGACCUGGCCACAAAUGAUAGCUCAACGAAGUGGCUUAUCAUGUGGAAAUGUACAGCAGCCAAAUACUCUAAACGCAUGUUUCUAAAUGUAGAGGGGAAAACCUGGAGGACCCAGAGAAGCAGCCACGCGACCACGGGGAGAACAUGCUAACCCCAAAUAUCCAGGCAUAAGGGUUGGGAUUGAACCCACGACCUGUACAACAGGCAAGGUAAUUAACAUCUUGCCACCGUGGCAUACUGGAGAAAGGGUCCCAUAAUUACGAUCAGUCCUUGUUGACACGUACCUAGGCUAUGUCCUGAGCUUUCUCACAAGUUUGAAGAAUUGUUCACGUGAAAAACAACUUUAAAGUUGUGAUCAGGCAUAAUUUGUACUGUAUUACAAUGCAUGGAGGUGAUGUUACGACAUUGUUAUAAUGGUACGCAGGUGUAAUGUCAGUUCCUUUUCAUUAAUGAAGCUUUAAACUCGUGUCAGACAGCCCAGGGUACAUAGGCAAAGUCAAUAUAUACCAGUUGGGUUUUUUGUUGUGUAAACAAUAAAACAGGUUCCUGCUCUUAGAUAAUUCGAGCAUGUUUUUAUGAAUACUGUGACCUAUAUCUUGUGGUUUACUUAAAAUAAUACAUAGAUGUACUGCAAACUGACUGGAAAAUAUACAGACAAUAUCCAUUUAGUGUACGUUUGCUGUAGAUUAUAAUCCUUUGGCUGUGGUUGAAAUUAAUGUUUCCCUUAGAUCUAGGCUAUACCGACGAAUUGUAAUUGAUACGACUUCUUGAAUGAUAUACACGGGUGAGACUUUUAAACAUUUUACUGGCAUUCUGCAAAAUUGCAAUGUGGCAAGAGAUACCGAAACGGACUUAUAUUCAUAUUUGUUCGAUGUAAGACGAGUAUACGUAAUGCAAAUUACAUUUAAGGUGCGAGCAAUGGGGCAGUAGCUCACACCGCGCUAUCGACCUGGUACCCCAAGUUCAAUCUCUGGCCAUGGCUUACAUUCGUCAUGAGUGACAUGAACCAGGCCUGCAAACCCCUCCCAAUGCACCGAGCUAAUGAAGAUUUGAAAGGUCGGCGACCGUUCCCUGGUUGACAACAUGCAAUUGUUUAAUUUAUAUCUACAAGUAUAUCACCUCUGAUUGCCCGCCAUUGCCUAUCAGCUUUGGUGCUGGGCACCUGCGAAAGAGCUUCAUAGCAUCGUGGGUUCCAGUACAAAACACAUUCCUGCGGAGGGAGCUGGUAGGAACGUUGGGUUGCUCGGUCAAUGGCCAGGGUCAACGGUGGCGUGGUGUAUUCCGCAAAUAUGUCCGACUGAGGGCGGGCACAAGCCGGCGUGAGUAGGUUAAACGUUGAGUUUUAUCAUCGCGGGUUCCAGUACAAAUAACGUGUGUCUGUGUACACGACUUUGCAUUGCACCUCACCCAAUCGCUCCCCAUGUGUGGCUUCGCUUCACGAGCCACCUGCUCCCAAUAGUGCACGUGGACAUUCAUUCAAUGCGAGUAACACUGCCCCCCACCCCCCAUUUGUUGGGGGGUGUCCGGUGUUGUAUUUCACUCAUUCAUUCUCGGUUUGUGUUGCAUCGUCCCCUUUUUUUUAUUUAUGCAAUAAAUCACUCGACUCGUG